GCGGGUUGUCGCGGCUCGCUACGUCGGUUGCUGCGUCGGUCGCAUUCCCACCGGGCCAUGGCGGCGUACACCUGCAUCACCUGCGGGCUGGCGUUCGGCGACGCGGAGUCGCAGCGCGCCCACUACAAGACGGACUGGCACCGCUACAACCUGCGGCGCAAGGUGGCGGCCAUGGCGCCCGUGUCGGCCGAGGGCUUCCGGGAGCGCGUGUGGGCGCAGCGCGCCGCGGCCGAGCAGCAGAGCCAGGGCUCGGCCACCUACUGCGCCGCGUGCGGCAAGCGCUUCGCGUCCUUCAAGGCCUACGAGAACCACCUGCGGGCCCGGCGGCACGCGGAGCUCGAGCGCAAGGCCGUGCGCGCCGCGAGCCGCAGCGUGGAGCUGAUGAACGCCAAGAACCUGGAGAAGGGGCUGGGCGCGGACGGCCUGGACAAGGACGCCGUGAACGCGGCCAUCCAGCAGGCCAUCAAGGCCCAGCCGUCCCCCAAGAAGGCCGGCCCGGCGGCCGGGCGCCCCGGGGAGACGGCCGAGGGGGCGCGGGCGACCCCGGACCGCGACGCCCCCCAGAAGGCCCCCCGGCUCCUGUGGUUUGAGCAGCAGGCGAGGAAGUGGGCGAAGCUGCAGCAGGAGGAGGACAGCGAGGAGGAGGAAGACCUGGACGGGGACGAUUGGGAAGAUAUUGAUUCCGACGAAGACUUGGAAUGUGAGGAGGCUGAGGAGGCUGCGGAGACCGCGGAGGCAGAGGAGCAGGGGCAGGGCCCCCCCCUUGGUGCCAUCCCCAUAACGGACUGCCUGUUUUGUUCCCAUCACUCAAGCUCCCUCGUGAAAAAUGUGGCUCACAUGACUAAAGUCCACAGCUUCUUUAUUCCUGACAUAGAAUAUCUUUCAGAUCUUAAGGGACUGAUAAAAUAUUUGGGAGAGAAAGUUGGUGUUGGGAACAUUUGCUUGUGGUGCAAUGAGAAAGGGAAAUCCUUUUACUCCACGGAGGCUGUCCAGGCACACAUGAACGACAAAAGCCACUGUAAGCUCUUCACAGAUGGGGAUGCUGCUUUGGAAUUUGCAGACUUCUAUGAUUUUAGGAGUAGCUAUCCAGACCAUAAGGAAGGCGAGGACCCUGAUGAGACUGAGGAAUUAUCCUCAGAAAAGCCCCUGGAAUAUGAUGAUGAAACCAUGGAGUUAAUUCUGCCUUCUGGUGCCAGAGUGGGUCACCGCUCCUUGAUGCGAUACUACAAGCAGCGGUUUGGCGUAUCCAGAGCCGUGGCCGUCGCUAGGAAUCAGAAGGCCGUGGGCCGGGUGCUGCGGCAGUACAGAGCUCUGGGGUGGACCGGCAGCACAGGGGCGGCGCUGAUGCGAGAGCGGGACAUGCAGUACGUGCAGAGGAUGAAGUCCAAGUGGAUGCUGAGGACGGGCAUGAAGAACAACGCCACCAAGCAGAUGCACUUCAGGGCCCAAGUGCGAUUCUGAGGCCCAGAGAGGAGUGCGCUGCCACCCACCUCCACGAGUCCUGGCCCGAGUUUGGUGGGUGCUGGACUGUGCACUGGCCUGUGCCUGCUUCUCGCCCUCGUCGUCGUGAUCGGUCUGACUAAUAAUAAAAGUCGGGAUCGUGCUGGCAUUGAGGUGUUGUUAUUGGGCAGGGUCUAGAGCUGUUUCUGCAGAGUGAGAGAUGUACCCACCAGACCCCAGGCCCUGCGCUGCCAGCGGGCAGUUGCUUUACUGUUGUCCGAACAUCAUGGAAACUUGUCUCUGGUGAGCUCCCUGUACCCUUCAGGAGAACUUACUCCUUGGGGCACUGGGGCUUGCCUCAGGAGGCUUUAAGCUUAGGCAGGAGCAAGGUUGAAAGUCAAUCCUGGGUGGAUCACAGCGCAGGAUCUGGGGGAAGGUCUGGGCCCAGGGAAAGCGCGUCUGUCACCUUCUG